AUGGAGAAAGACGACGAGCAAGCGGUCGUUGGCCAGAACAGGCAUCGAAAGUCCUCCGAUGUCCUGCCAGACAAUAUAGGCAACUCUCCAGGAAGUACAGCGUCAGACUUGACCCGGAAUGAGACCAACUCAGCGGCCUCCACCCUACAACAGCAGAACACGCUCGCACAGCAACCCAGUCUAGCUCAGACAGUGUCCCGUGUUCCCACGGCCACGAAAGCACCCUCUUUCUCAGUGGCACACGAGAUCGCAUUCAUCGCAGUCAUCAGCUCCGCGCAGCUUAUGACUCAAGCAGCCCUUGCACAGUCUAUUGCGCCCUUGCACGUCAUUGGUCGUUCCUUCAACACCACGAAUCCAGGCCAGUUGUCAUGGUUAGCAGCCGGCUAUUCUCUGACCGUGGGCACAUUCAUCCUCCCGGCUGGAAGAUGGGGUGACCUGUACGGCCACAAGCUUCUCUUCAUCCUGGGCUAUUUCUGGUUCGCCUUGUGGUCCCUGGUCGCAGGACUCGCGGUCUAUUCUCACUCGCUCGUCUUCUUCGCGUUUUGCAGGGGGAUGCAGGGAAUAGGUCCCGCCAUCUUGCUACCCAAUGGAGUGGCAAUCUUGACCAGGACAUACCCACCUGGCCCGAGGAAGAAUAUGGUGUUGAGCAUAUUCGGCGCCACAGCUCCCAGCGGCUUCGUGAUAGGGGCGGCGUUCAGUGGUAUCUUUACACAAUUCGUAUGGUGGCCUUGGGCGUAUUGGGUCACAGCCGUGGUGCUGGCUAUUAUUGGAGUAUUGGCCCUAUUUGUUAUACCACGCAUGCCAGUCGAAGGACCCAGGGCGACAUUCAAGGAGCUGGAUGCCACUGGCACCGUUGUGGGGGUUGCCGGGCUGAUAUUCUUCAACUUUGCCUGGAAUCAGGGUCCAGCUGCAGGUUGGGAAAAGGUGUAUGUGUAUGUUCUGUUGAUACUCGGUGUCAUCCUGCUGGUCAUCUUCUUCUGGCAUGAACGGUUCCAGGCGUCACAUCCAUUGGUGCCGAUGUCACUACUUACAGUGGAUACGAAUUUGGUGUUCGGAUGCGAAUCCUUCGGGUGGAUGAGCUUCGGGAUAUGGGUCUUUUAUUUGUGGCAAUUCCUCGAGCUCGAAAGAGGUCAUUCGAUCCUUUUGGCGACGGCUCAGCUAUCGCCCACGUGUAUUGCAGGCUGUAUCGCAGCAAUCACGACAGGCUUCCUGAUUGCUAGAAUCCAGUCUGGGUGGAUCAUGCUCAUCAGCAUGAGUGCCUUCCUGACGGGAAACAUUCUGCUUGGUACAAUGCCGGUCCGACAAACAUACUGGGCACAAACCUUCGUUGCCACACUUGUCACGCCGUGGGGGAUGGAUAUGAGUUUCCCUUCUGGAAACAUUGUACUGUCCGAUCACAUGCCCCCCGAACACCAAGGUCUGGCUGCAUCCCUCAUCAACACGGUGAUCAACUAUAGUAUUUCAAUCGGCCUGGGCAUGGCGGGGACAGUUGAAACGCAUGUCAACUCAGGCGGAAGCGAGCCUUUGCAAGGAUAUCGAGGAGCCUGGUAUCUUGCUGUCGGGUUUGAUGGACUAGGCAUAAUUUGCGCCAUCUGCCUCAUCUUGUCGGUGAGAGCGAGGACGAAGGCUAAAGAGAAGGCUGGGAAUCAGAAGGAAGAGGUAGAGGCGUAG